CUCCCUUCACGUAAAACGUCAGAGGAUGCUUUCAAGAAAGGUCAAACUACAUGGGGAAUUCAGCUCAUUGUGCAACAUGAAGAUUCUUAUUGUUUUGCUAGCGACCAUGUUGGUUUGUUCAGCUAACUCUGGGGAAAGAGAGAGGAACUCAGAAGUACUGGACUCAAAAGUACUGGACUCAGGCUUAGUUCGAGAGAGCCGUUCAUGUGGUGACAGGUUUCCCUUCCAAGCCUGUAGCAUAGCUCGGCGUGUGCGUGCUCACUGCAAAAAGCUGUACUACAAAAUUGGCUGCAGACGAAUGUGCGGACUCUGUUGAUGGUUUUGAACUGGCGAGACUGGUGUGAGCCAAGAUGACAAGCCGGAGUGUUCUUUAUGAAGCGAUUAUUUCAUUGGUACACAAUGUAUCUGUUAAAAACAUUCUUCAAGGGCAAUAAAAAUUUGAAA